UAUUACUCAAUUGCCAAAGCUCGAGCUUUUCCUUCACCAUUUCCGAACAAUUUCCCCUCAAAUCAAUGGCUAAUUAUUCAACGCUACUUCUUCUAUGUGUUUCAGUUGUUGCCCUUUCAUUCUCUUCCAUUUCUUAUGCCUCCGAUCCCAAAGCCCUUCAAGAUUUCUGCGUGGCCGAUAAAGCUAGCCAAGUCAACGUCAAUGGGUUCACAUGCAAGAAUCCCAAAGAUAUCACAGCCGACGAUUUCGUCUUCCACGGCUUAGACAAGGCCGGAAACACCACCAACCCACAGGGCUCCAAUGUGACCCAGGUGUUCGUGGCCCAAUUUCCAGGACUCAACACCUUCGGCAUUUCCAUGGCCCGGAUCGACUAUGCUCCAUGGGGACUAAACCCACCUCACAUUCACCCCAGAGCCACCGAAAUCCUAACGGUUAUUGAAGGAACUCUAGAGGUUGGUUUCGUCACCUCCGCGCCGGAUUUGAAGCUGUUCAGGAAAGUGCUGUACAAAGGAGAUGUUUUCAUCUUCCCGAUUGGGCUCAUCCAUUUCCAGCGCAACAUUGGGUACGGAAACGCCGUCGCUUUGGCUGCAUUGAGCAGUCAAGCCCCAGGUGUGGUCCCAAUUGCAGCUUCUGUUUUCGGAUCAAAUCCGCCCAUCAGCGAUGAUGUGUUGGCAAAGGCAUUCCAGGUUGAUAAGAAGAUUGUGGAUCAAAUUCAGGCCAAGUUCUAAGAAUUAUCAAAAAAAGAAAUUAAAAAUGUAUCGAUGGCCGUAUUAUUUUUUAUUUUUUAUUUUUCAAAUUGUGGGUUGAAAUAAUUGGGAACUAGUAGUCUAUCCCAAAAAUGCAUUUGUCUAGCUUCUAGGCGACAAUAUCGUAGUCGAAAUAAUUAUAACACGAUAAUAAGCUGAUUAUGUUAUAAUUUUCAAGGAUG